CUUUAAUAUUACAUUCUAAAUAUCUGGACAAUACAUUGAAAAGUUGAGUUACCAUUCAUAGACGCCCCUCCCUCAAGUGACAUGUAAGACUAGACUCGACACUCCAGGAUCUUGUCAUUCUCCAGCUGUGUGACCAAGAAGUUCUGCUGGCUAUGGGUGCUCUAAUAAUCCUGGCUUACGUGGUUUUGGGUCUACUAGCUCUGGUGGUUGGAGCCAUUCUCUUCUUUGCUGGAGUUAUCAAAUACAAACGAUCCAAGUUCUCUCAUCUCCCUUCUCCCAAACUUCCCAAUACACUCAAAGGGUUCUUUCUUGGGCAUGUCACGUACAUUCUUGAGAGCAGGAAGUUAUCGAAGAAUGAUGAAGACCCAUGCUUAGAGCUCUACAAUCAAUGGUAUUCUGAAUUGGACAACCCUGGUGUUUUUGUCGUUUUCAUAAUGCAACUACCUUUUGUUGUAAUCUCAGACCCAGAAAAUAUCAAGGAGGUGAUAAUGCAGGUAAAGAAUGGUAAGCCUACAAUGUUUUCAAACAAAGGACGUUGGCUGUAUGGAGAGAGGUUUUCUGGGAAUGGACUUGCCUCUAUCCCUGAUCACGAUACUUGGAAGCCUAGGAGAAAGAUCUACGAGCACUCCUUCAAUAAGAGCUACCUAAAGGGCCUUCUCCCUUCUUUCAACGAGUGCACUGACAAAUUGCUGGAGGGCAUACGACCUCUGGCUGAUGGGAAGACAACAGUUCCCAUGAAACAACACUUGGCAGAAGUCACACUGAAUGUUAUUAGUAAGGUGGCAUUUGGAUCUGACUUUUCUGAGCAAUGGGAUGACAAAACACUUGGACUGAAAUUGACCAAAGGAAAUGGGAAGCUUACGUUUCUUAUUUCCCACACAUUUAAAGGAGUACAGAGGGCUUUCGCCGGUGGUCCGUUUUUCCAGUACCUUCAUCCGUUUGAGGUGAAGAGCUAUCAAGAAACUAUUAGAGCUCUGAGGAUGAUUGGACGAGACUGCAUCAUGAAGAGAAUCAGGGCAGUGGAAGCUGGAGAGCAGAUUCCCAGAGACAUACUCUCCUCAAUCCUGCAAGUCGCCUCUACCAAGGAAUCUGUGGACAUUGAAGAUUUGGUGGACGAUUUUGUCACCUUCUAUGUGGCAGGCCAAGAGACUACUGGAAACAUGCUGUCUUUUGCAGUAGUCCUCCUAAACCAGUACCCUGAAGUUCUUUGCAGACUCCAAGCUGAAGUAGAAGAGGUCCUUGAAGGACGAACUGAAGUGACUAACGAAGAUCUGGAGAAGUUACAAUACACUGAGCAGGUUCUGAUGGAGGUCCUACGAUUACAUCCCCCGGCCUUUGGGAUUGUGAAGGAAGUUAUGAAGGGUGGUAUUCAACUUGGGGAGCACUUCAUUCCAGAAAAGAGUGGUCUAUUUCUGAUAACAGCAAUGAUGUCCAGGCUGCCCCAAUACUUUGACGAUCCUGACAGCUUUGAUCCAUCCAGAUUCAACCCUGAGAACCAACAGCCCAGUUCGUUUGUUUUCUUUCCAUUUGGACUUGGUCAUCGCUCGUGCAUUGGAAAACACUUUGCUCUUAUGGAGGCUAAGCUGAUCCUGGCCAGACUGGUGCAGACCUUCCGCUUCACUCUUCCUCCAGACUACAAGCUGGCUGUUGCUCAAAGAAUAACUGUACAGCCCAAAGACAAUGUGCCUUGCACUGUUACUCUAGCUAUCUAAUGACUUAAUUUUUUGCUUACUUUUUAUGCUCCCAUCAAGCUGUUCAGUAGAAGUAGAAGUAUAUACCCGUGUACAGUACAAGAGAUGAACAAUCAUGAAUUGAUGUUCUUGUAUGUAUGCUGCAUUUUGUAAAUACCCUCUGUAUGGA